AUGAAUCCUCUUGAAUUCCAUGGUGGGUUGAAUCCUGUGAAGGUUGAGGAGUGGAUAACCAGCAUGGAAAGGAUUUUUCAGAUAGUGCAUUGUAGUGAAGAGAAUAAGGUUGUGUUUGUUUCUCACAUGAUGAAGGGUCCAACUGUGAGAUGGUGGGAAAGUGCUUCAACUCUUAUCACCAAUCAAGGAGUACUUGAGGAUUGGGAGCAUUUUAAGACUAUUUUCAUGGAUAAGUAUUUUCCUAGUUCUUUGAGGACUCAGAAAGAGUUUGAGUUUCAGCAGCUUAGACAGGGUACCAUGACAGUAACUGUGUAUGCUAAGAAGUUCGAAGAUAUGGCUUCUUAUUCUAGGAAGGUCGCGUACGCACCUGAUGAGAGGUGGAAGAUUGAUCAGUUUCUUUUUGGUCUAAGGGGUGAAAUUUCUCAUAGUGUAUCUCAAAGGGAAUUCACUUCUUAUGUUGAAUUGUUAAGGCAAUGCUAUGUGGCAGAGAAUAAUUUGAAGAAAGUUCAAGAAGAAAGGGAUCAGUAUAGGAGUGGACAGAGAGACCAAGGGAGGCCAGGUAACCAGUUUAGGCCUAGACCUCAGGCUUUCAAGGGAAAACAGAGGGAGGGUCACAUGUCUAGGGAAUGUCCUCAGAAUAAGAAUCAGAUGCAGGGGAGGAACACUGCUCGAGUUUAUACUUUGGAUGCAAGGAAGGCUAAGAGCAAUAAUGCCUUAAUUGUUGCAAUUCCCUUGUCUCCUCCUAUGGUGGUUACUACCGCCAUGGAUGAUGUGGUUGAGACACUGUUGAUUUGUGAAAAUUAUUCGCUCUCGAUGAAUGGUAGAAUUUUCCAGAUUGAUCUUAUUUAUUUACCACUUAAGAAGGUUGAUGUAGUUUUGGGGAUGGAUUGGAUUUCCGCCAAUUCGGUGUUUAUUGGAUAUGAAGAGAAGUUGAUUAUCAUUCCAUCUAGUGAAGCUACUCCAAAGGAUGUAUUAACUAUUAUUUUGGAAGGUACGGUUGGCAUGGUUAAUUUCUUAUUUGAGAAUGAAAAGUCAGUUCUCUUGGUUCUUACCAAGGAAUCUAGCGAUAAUCUGAGUGUUAAAAAAAUUUCUGUUAUUUAUGAAUUUCUGGAAGUUUUCCCUGAGGAUGUCACCUCUCUUCCUCUUGAAAGGGAAGUGGAAUUCUCUAUUGAUCUGAUACCUAGGACGGCUCCAAUCUCCGUUUCUCCGUAUCGCCUGGCACCACUAGAGUUGAGAGAGUUGAAGAAUAAAUUGGAAGAGUUGUUAACCAAGCAUUUCAUCUGA